UUUAGUACAAGAGGCCUAGUACGAUUUUUGAAACGAAGUGAAAAAUACAAAAAAAUAAAAAAUCGACGCCCAAAAAAAAUAAGAAGACGACCAUCAUAUUUUGAAGAAUUUGAUAAUAUUGAUUUUCGUGUGCGAUUUCGUUUAUCCAAGAAAUCUGUUACUAUAGUAUUAACAGAAAUUGAACAGGAAAUUUCUCAUAAAACAGAACAAAACCAUGCCAUAUCUCCAAUGAACCAACUCCUUCUAACAUUGAGAUUCUAUGCAACUGGGAAUCAUUUACUAUCAGUAGCAGAUUUUUCAGGAGUGAGCAAAACAAGUUCUCACAGAAUUAUUCAUCGAGUGACUAAUGCUAUUGCUCGUCUUCGACCAAGAUACAUAAAGUUUCCUAUGCUUGCUGAAGAAAUAAAGAGAGAACAAAUCAAGUUUUUCGAUAUUGCACGAUUCCCAAGAGUAAUAGGUUGCAUAGAUUAUACUCACAUAAAAAUACAAUCAUUUGGUGGAAACGACGCCGAAUAUUUCAGAAAUAGAAAAGGAUACUUUUCUAUAAAUGUUCAAGCAAUUUGUAAUGCUAAUUUAGAGAUAACAGAUAUUGUGGCCCGUUGGCAAGGAUCAGUGCAUGAUGCUACAAUAUUUAACAAUUCCAGAAUACGAUCCUUAUUCGAAGGUGGAAUGUUUGAAAAUUCUUUACUUUUAGGUGAUGGUGGUUAUUCUGUUCGUCCAUAUUUUAUGACUCCUUUACAAAAUCCACGCACUCGGGCAGAACAGUUAUAUAAUGAAUCGCAUAUACGAACACGCAAUACUAUUGAGCGUGUAUUCGGAAUAUGGAAGAGGAGAUUUCCUAUUUUAGCACUUGGAUCUCGAUUUCAAAAAGUGGAUAAAGUAUUACCUAUUAUCGUUGCAACUGCUGUGUUGCAUAAUAUUGCUCGACGUGCUGGAGAUCCAUUACCAGCAGAUGAUCCUACAUUACAAUUGCCUGCUCCAUGGGAAGAUAUUUUACAAAAUGGAAGUAUACCUUGUCGAAAUGAUAGGCUCAAUAAUAAUAACAUGUGGCAUGUAUUAAUCAACGAUUAUUUCCAAAGUUUAUUAUAGAGUAAUCAGUUUUGGUGUUAAAAACAAAUAUAGCCUUUACACAAAUUUGACGAGAAUAGGUCAUUUUUAUAAAAACGGAUCAUGACUUUAUUAAAUGUCACAAAACAUCCACUGACAUUAGAUAUAAG